CUCCAAGUUCAGCGGCCGCAUUCUCGUGCAUCCGACAGCACUUGGAGGAAAAGACAGCUUAGCAUCACCGCGCCACCCCUUGCUUGAGACCCGCAGCUUAGAACAGCGCUUAAACAAACCACACCAGAGCUUGCACAACAGAGCUCUACACUGUCGGGCGUGCAAACUUGCGCGACACGGCACAAUUCACAGGUGCACGCCAUCGACGCGUCCAAUAUAAAUGCUCCGCCCCUCGAACAGCGCCACCUCCCUCGGCUCGAUGGACUCCAAGGGCGACGCGUCGACGGGCUCGGAGGGCCUGUACGACUGGACGGCGCCGCGCUUCGGGGGCCUGUCGGUGGCGUCCGAACCGAAGCCCGAACUAACGCUCGCCGACGGCGCGCGGUUCCCCGAGUUCCGGCCCGACGACGGCUCGCUCUUCGCGGCCGCGAGCCCGGACGCGCGGCGGCGGCGGCCGGCCGGCGCCGCGUCGUCGCCCGGCGCCCAGCAGCGAGCGAUAGGACGGCCGGCCGCGGCGGCGCCGGCGCCCGCGGCGCGGUCGGCGCGGUCGCUCGUCGGGCCGCUCGUCAACGAGUUCGCCGACGCCGUCGCGCGCGAGAUCGGCGAGCGCGUCCGGGCGACGCUGGACGCCGAGGUCGGCUCGGACCGGCUCGAGCGGUUCCUUGCGGCCGAUCGGACGUGUCCGCGGUGCGCGGCGCGCGAGAAGGCCGCGGCGCCGGCGCCGUCGCCGUCGCCGCCGGCGCCGCCGCCCGACGAGGGCUCUCUCAAUGACGUACGACAGGGCCUGGCCGGGGCCCUGGCGAAGCUGUCGACGCUCGAGGGCCGGCAGCUGUGUGGAAAUCAAACAGUGCGUCGGGUGCACCCGACAAUUCUUCACUAAGUCAUAUCUCGGCGAUGACGCGGCCGUGCUGGCUCCUUCGAGCGGUGAGGAACCGGCAUCGCCACGUCAUCGAGCAGGCGUCGCGUCGAUGGCGGGGAGGACGACGUGAUGAUUCAGCACGAACGCGCCGUAAAAUUUUGAUUUCCACACAGGCCGGCAGCGCGCCAUCCAGGGCAAGAUGGCGAAACUGGACGGCCAGUGGGGCGGCGACUUCUCGAACGUGACCCACGCGGUCGCCGAGUUGCAGCGCGUCGUCGCGUCGCAUCAGUACGCCGUCGCGGACUUGGGCGCGCUGCGGGGCAACUUGAUCGCGCUGGCACACUCCGUCGACGCACUCGAGAAGCGCACCGCAGUGAAGAACGGUGAGGCGCCUCCUCCUGCUCCUGCUGCUCCUGCGGCGGAGGACGGCGCGGAGGGUGGUGUGUAAAUGUUCUCCUUGUG